CGGCUGCCCGCAGCCGCCGGGCGCCGCGCCGUGGGGGCCGCGCGGCGCCCCGACGGGGCACGCGCAGCAGCCGGGCCCCGCGCAGUACGGGCAGCUCGCGGUGCCAGGCCAGGUAUACUAUGGCCCUGUGCACACGGGGAGCAUUGGCGAGGACGCGGGCCGUCUGCACCCAUUGCCGCCAGGUUACUACUACCCCUCGGACGGCCAUCAGCAGCCGCGGGAUGACGAGGCAUGCUGCGUUGCGUCCUAGCCAGCAACUGAGGACCCCUUAGGGGACGGGUUGAUGGUCGGAAGCGAUAUCGAAUGCCUGCAGCAGGCUCUCAUCAUGUUUCUGCCCUGCUGUGGGUUCACAGCAGCAGGCGAGAGCACAGCGGAGGAGUGGUCUCGGAGAGGCGUGUGCAUGGCGAGGGAGCGGCGCGCCAAGACGCCGCUCGGGUCAGAGGAUCCGUGUCGAGCCUCCGCUGCCGGCCCGCGCGGGCUCCCGCUAGCGCCGCGGAGCGCUCCCGCGGGACGGGCGUCCGAGCCUCCCGACGCCGUGCUUCCAGAGGCGGAGAGGGCCGCCGGCCCCUCCCUGUGCCCGGAGGGGGCCGCGAGCUGCAAGGAGGCACUCGCGCCGCCUCGAGGAGCGCGCUGACAAUGAGGUGGUCGGCGGUCCCGAAGCUCUGCCGCGCGCGUCGUCAAGAAA